CUUAUAUCAGCUUCCGAGUAUAUUCUGAGGCUUAUCUCAUAUUUAGAAACGACCAAGAAAGAAGAAAGAAAGAAAGGAAAGAGAAACAUGUUGCGGUCACUCCUCUCGUUCGGCAGUCGUAACGACAACUAUAUCUUCCCCACGGUAGAUCCCAAACAGGACGGACCGAACUGCAAACUCGAUUGUGCCGAUUGUACGGUACAUUUCCCGUCGAAAGUGAAGGUCGAAAACUCCCGGGUACUCUACGGACACAUUAAAGAGUUCCACACGCAUGUCUUGGUCGCCACGGGGAAAUCAGACUGGACGGAGCGGGUCGAGAAUGAAAAGGGCAGUUUAAUGGAAGCUUUUGACAGCAGCUCGAAUAAUUCCAAACAUGGGCGAAUUAUGGUCUCGGCAUCGAACCUCAGUAACCCGAACCAUGAGGCAGAUGGCGAUCACCAGACUACGCAAGGGAAUACUGUGCUGCUUCUGCCUUCAUUCACCUUCGUGGAUUCAGUCACCACUAGCGACGUCAGAGAGCUGGUUGACGGCUUCAUUGAUGCUCCCAAAGGACAAUCAGUUGAUUCCCGAUUGUCGUCUCGACCAUGCCAAUACGAUUAUGUGGUACUUCUCUGUUCUCAUAAGCGGCGAGAUGCCCGAUGCGGAAUCACUGCUCCGUUAAUCAAGAAAGAAUUGGAGCGACAUCUGCGACCCCACGGAUUAUAUCGUGAUGCGGAUGACGAACGCCCUGGUGGUGUGGGAAUCUUCUUUGUUUCUCAUGUAGGCGGCCACAAAUUUGCAGCCAAUGUUCUGAUUUACCGAAAACAAGCGGAGCAAAUGAUUUGGCUAGCAAGGGUCAAGCCAGAGCAUUGUGAGGGAGUUGUCAACUAUACCAUAUUGCAGGGAAAGGUUGUUCACCCAGAGUCUCAGUUAAGAGGAGGGUUUGACAGGCAACGGGGAUUGAUGAGUUGGUAGCGAUGAGAUGUCCAAUGGUUCUACGUGGUUGAGGUUGUUAUAGAGUAUCAAAUUAUAUUAAUGGGAUAAUG